AUACUGUUAUUAGCAUUAAUAGAUACUCCUAUUACAUGGAGUUUUUGUUUGGACUUUUAUUCGUUUAAGCUGUUCUAAAAUUGUUUUUCGUAUCCUAAUACUUUUCUCCUGAAUCUGGCGGAAUCCCCAUGCUGUAAAAUGGUAAAUUGCGUAUCCUUAGUUAUGUCCAGUCUAUAUUUAUCAGCUAUGCAUGGUAAUAUAUCUAUAGUUACUGCAAGGAAAUGUGUCAUUUCCAAAGAAAAUUGCUACGGCUCUGGAAAUCGCACCAAGACUCAAAUGUUCACGCUGUUGAUUGUUGUGUUUGAUUUCAUUGUCGAAUUAUUCAUGUAGCUUAUUCUCUCGUUGUUGUAGUUUUUCCUUAUAAAUGUUGUUGGUGAAAUUUCUGUCCGGAGAAUUAAAUGUCUGGCUUGUUACCUUGUACGAAGCGUUCCCAAAGUCAACCGAUAGCGAAUAUGAUUUGCUUUCCUUUCAAAUUGUCCCGUUUUCGCAGCCCGAUCGAACGUUGGAAAUCGAGUUGCGAACGCUAAUAAACUGAUGCUGGGUGUGUUGGUACAAGCAGAUAUAUGGGUUCAGAAGAUGUCAGCCAAGUGCCAUGACUUGCCAAAGCACGUUUACAGUCCCGAUUAACACUGAGUACGGCUGGAGUCUGGACGAACCACUUCCCUCACUCAUUUUCAUGUCGUACCUAAACGACCGAGAAAUGGAAAGUAAAUGACGACGUUUUUGUUUCCUGACACAAGAAGUCAUGCCGUGUUUAAUUACUGCGACCUAAAAAUAAACAAGAUUUGCUUUUAGUGUCACAACUCUUAAAUAUCACGGCUUGCAUGUUAGCAGGGUUGCCAAUGUAAAACAUAGAAAUCCGCCAAACAGCAGUGUUGCCAAUGUAAAACAUUGAAAUCCGCCAAACAAGCUUUGUAACGCGGUUGUUUGGACGCAAAAUCGCUAAUGUUGUCGUAAUAUAUGAAAAUAUCUAUUUCUCGUCAUUUUCACUUGUUUUUGGUAUGUGCCCGUAAAUCUAGCUGAGCUAAUCCUCCAGUGAUAAUAAAGAUGAGUCAGUGUCCUCGUAAUUUCCUCUUCCCUGAUCAUCUGGAGAUUAAGGUAUUCCCCAGCAGCUGAAUUGUAUGUUGGCCUUUUUCCUAUUUUUCUCCUCAUUUCUUUUAGUCUUUUUUUAUAGUGAGAGAAGUAUUAAGUUACUCCAAAACUCCACCAUGCUGAAUUACCCCUUCGUCUUCAGGAAAAUACUUCUUUACAAAAUAGUAUUUCAGUAACAUGUUCACUUGUAAUUUAACAAAUUUUAUAUUUAAAGAUUACAUACUUUGACGUAAAAUUCACCAAAAACCCGCUAAAAGUGAAACAACUAGAUAUCCCGCUGUCCACAAUGAAGUUUGAAGACCGUGAACGAGGUCCCCAAUUGCGCUAAAAUUAGCGCUGGCUGCUAACUUGGCACCAUUGUUUAGAAUUUUUUUCAUUCAUCCAUUAGUAACCUAUUCCAGUUAAUGAAGGUACGCAAUGCCUAAUGUAUAGAUCAUUUGCACAAUAAAGAAUUCUUUAAAAGGGUCACUCACCAACGGUGAAUGUCAGUAUUAUUUACGAUUUCUAUGUAAUAGCAAUGGAAGAGCCUCUUGCAGCACAGGUAGUGGGUUAACAGCUGAGACAGUUGUUCCAUGUCCGCGAAAAACCUUCAAGAUUCUUUAGCCUGCCGAAAUUUUUAGAUCAUUGUUUUCUAUUCUAUCGCAACUUUAUACUAUAUUUUGAGACAAGCAAGAGAAAUCGUCUCUCUAAAAUUUCCUUCUUACACGAGUAGCAUUAAGACGAAAUAUUGUUGGUCCUGUUUAACAAAUUUUUGUCACUGUUACCAUCGCCUCUCGCUGAAAAAUAAACCUAUAUGCUAUGAGAGCAAUAAUCCAACAUUUACUUCAUGCCAGUUAUAUUAACAUUAUGCACAUAAUCUUUGUACUGUUACGGUACUAUUUUGUUAUUGGCACUCUUUAACAUUCGCGUUUCUUAAAAUCUUUGCUUGCUCGGACAUUAGCGAAAACGCGUGAUGCUUUUCUUAGAAACAAAAGUAGAGUAAUUGUUGUAUAGCAAAGCAAAAGUGACAGGAAUUUAUGGAGUAAAGCUGAAUUGUACAUUAAGAUGAUCUCGGCAGUUAAUUAUUUUUAUCUGAUAAUGUUUGUGUUUAUUUAGACAACGAUAUUGAAAAGUAGAUUCUAGAUAUUAAAGAUAACGCUCUUACAUUGUAACAAUUAACGUUCAUCACUUUUGCAAGUUGAAAACAUUUAUGCCAGGAAAAUGCGCAUCAUCAACACUGCAGGAAAGAAUUGUUUAGUAACCCGCUGAAUAUCAAAUAAACAACAAACGCUUGCAUUCAUAAUUGCUCUUUGGGAAGGAAGCCUCGGUCUGAAAACAGGGUAUAUGGCAACGCUGUCACUGUGCAGCACUGAGGGUGAGGCUCUCUGCCACUCCGGCUCGCCCUGUCAAUAAUAGUGCGAAGGUGGAAGGGAGCGCAUCUCCUCAGACGUCCCUUCGUCGUCAUUUGUUGUUGGUCGUUUGUCGUUUUCCCAUACUAUUUACACGGUGUGAAUAGUGACUUGAGUAGUUGACUUAUGUUUUAAACAGCUUUGCUUCCCGUGACAAUACGCCGUUUAGCCAGAAUGAGAGAGAGAGUGACUGGGCGUCUGCUGGUUGAGGCUUGUCGAUGAAAAGGUAGAGGAGGAGGCCACUCGACCCCACACUAGGCAAAAGGUCUCCCUGACUUAGAGCUUGGUGUCAUUCGUAGUAUUCAGAAGAACGUCUCUCCCACCACUGAAUAAGUCAGUUAUCGCCAGACGAUGUUAUUUGGGUGACGCGGUAGUAUAUAUCGGGAACGUCGGUCGUGGCCUAGGGGCUGGGUUAACCUGCACAGCCUCCUAGGAAGCCUAUUUUGGGUGCAGGGGAAUAUGGUCCGAAGCAGAGGGUGGUGAUCGUCGCAGCAGAAGAACGUCACUUGGGACACCCAAGGUGCCGUCGGCCUGAUGACAGCUGUCUCCAGACAAGGUGUUUGUAGUUUUAGGGUCGACGAUCACGGAGUCUACGAACGUUUAAAUGCCUCCAUGAACAUGAAUCCGCCGCCGGGUGUCCCAGUUUGUGGUUUGUGCGAUACUGUUGACAACCUCAAGAUGUGCAACCGGUGUAAGGCCAUCUGGUACUGCAGUGUCGCCCAUCAAAGGGAACAUUAUAGACAGCACAAGGCGUUUUGCAAAGAGAGAGCGCGAGCCAAUCAGCAGGGAGUCAAUGGCGUGGGCUUAGGUGCUAAUGGUAGGAGUAGGAUUGAUUAUGCGAGGCAUCAUGUGCCACCAAACUCUUCUUCUUAUGCUAUGGACCGUCAUGUUUUAGAGGAGGUCAUGAGUCAGGCAGCCAGUGACCACCCCAUGCAUUUCCAGGGCAGCGAUGUAGGCUUUGGAGGUGGACGGAGGACGUCGCUCAAUGAUACGGAACUCCUCCCUUCUUCUUUUGAUUUGGGAACUAAUUUAGAAGCGUAUCAUCAUCAUCACCACCACCAUCCUCAUCCGAGGUCAAGCACGUCGUCCUUAGUACAAGUUUGCCCCGACUCCCUGUCGUUGGAGGAGAGCGGUUUGAGCCCCACAUGGAUAACGGAUAUCUUGCCGUCGGUGAUCCAAGACCUCAACAGAUAUGGUGUCUGCGUCGUCGAUAACUUUCUAGGUAGUGAUAAAGCUCAACCCAUUUUGCAAGAGGUCGAAGCCCUCCAUGUCCGUGGCUUGUUUGAAGAUGGCCAGGUUGUAUCACCAAAUGUUCAGGAUCAAGCGCGUGGGAUCAUAAGGGGUGACAAAAUCACUUGGGUCACUGGUAAUGAGCCACAGUGUGCAAACAUAAGGCGGUUAGUGUCAGCAGUUGACAGCAUUAUUGCUAAGGCCAACCACCACCAAGAUGCCGGUCAGCUCGCCAAAUACAGCAUCACCUGGAGAUCUAGAGCUAUGGUUGCUUGCUAUCCUGGUCAAGGGGCACGAUAUGUUAAACAUGUUGACAACCCAGAUGGAGAUGGCCGAUGCAUCACUGCUAUUUAUUACAUCAACAAAGAUUGGACACCAGAAGGUGGUGGGGUGUUACGCAUCUAUCCUGAAGGUAACAGCCAAGUAGCAGAGAUUGAACCACUUUUUGAUCGCAUGCUUUUCUUUUGGUCUGAUAGACGGAACCCUCACGAAGUCUUGCCAGCGAAUGUUACAAGCAGAUAUGCCAUUACAUUGUGGUACUACGACCAAAAGGAACGUGAGGAGUACCUUUCACGGGCAUCUGCAAGCACAGCAAGUACCUGACAGGGAACGCCAUUGUUUAUGAAACAAUUGGCCAUACAUGUUAAGUCACUGUGACUGCUGGCUGUCCCAUGCACGUUUUAACCUCCCCCCCGGCUAUUGUGGGAUACCAUCCAAAGUACUGCGUGAUGUGGUGCUGAGCAUUCAUUGUUAACAACUAUAGGAUAUAUUGCAGUUGUGACUGCAGUGCCUCAUAGAGUGCCAUAGCGGUGACUGAGUUUGAAAUGAAAUCUUAUGUAUCCAACAAAUUAAAUAACAGGCUAUUCCAGUAGCGUCUAGUGAGGUUGAAAGAGAAGUAUUGCCACAUGCAAUGGUUUUAUUUAAUUGAAUAUUUCUUCCUCUUAGAAAUCAUUCUUUUUUUUUUUUUUUUGUUAUUUAUUCAGCCAGUAGCAUUUGGUUUCAGAUAUUGGAAAUUAUACCAUACCAUUUAGUGUUGGAAGGCAUACCAUACCAUAUACGUAUUGUUGGUACAUUAUAUAUUCCAUAAUGACCAUUUAUCCAAAAAGAUGGCAUUGAACUCCAUGAAGGUCAAGUUGUCGAGCUUCUCGUACCCCCCUCCUCCUCCUCAGAGUCAAUCAGUCCGUCAUUCAGUAUAUCAAAUUGUAAGUGCCAAUGGCUUGCAUAUGCAAGGUGCAUAUUGCAAACAAAAUACUCUUCUUUCAGUGUUAUAGUAACAAGUGAAUUUGCUCCUGAAGAGAGUUACAUUCUUGUUAGGGAAUUGUUUAUGAAAGGAAGUAUGGAGAAAGUGCAGUGCCAGUGCAGUACUUUUAAAAUUGUCUCUUGUACCAUAUGUGUGAAUUUCUGAAGACUAUAAUAAAAACUUGACAAAUUCUAAAGUCUUCUAAUCAUUAGGUCAGAUUAAUGUUGUUAGUCACAGCAAAUUAUUAUGUUAACAUUGUGAGCUGAUAUGAUAUAAUUUGUUAAGCAUACAGAAUUGUUACCAUGAAAAUAAUUAUGCAUUGUAUUUUAUUGCAUAGUUCAUUGAUAAAUUGAGAAUUAUGCCUUUGCCUAAUUUCUUGAAUGAAAAAUUGAAAUGUUCCAGUUGUGGUCUGAGUUGAGUAUAUUUUAAGAAUCGGACAAAUCUCUGUCCUUAAUAUCUCAGGUUUUUUCCUUUUGUUAUUUGAUUAUCGAUGCAAAGUGUGCCGUUGAAUUGUACAUUAUGGAAACUGGAACCUCUAAAAGUUUUAUUUAGUCAUACAAAUAUUUAUUUUCAGCAUUCAAGUAAAUGUACUUCAUUUUGAAAUUGAAUACGAGGCACUGUGCAUUGUACGAAUGUACAAGUAAUUUGAAGUCGUGAGACCUCAGAUUUUAUUCUUAAAGACAAAGUGGCUGUGAACUUGUUCCUGAUUGAUAGUUCUUUAAGUGCAAGAAAUUUGAGUGUUAUUUAUGAGUACAGUAAUUAUUGCAUAGUCGAUUAUCAUAUACGUAUAUGACAAAAUUGUGUGUACGGUCAUCCAUAGGCAAUUGUCUGGAAGAUUAUACGUUUAUGUAAAAACUCUCUUGAGUUUCAUAAAGCAUGUUUAUUCAUUGAGAAGUUGUGUGAUAUUUCUUUUUAAUCUACUACGAAUUCCAUAAAGUAACUUGGUGUUAUUUUGGAAAAGAUUGUAAAACUUACAUUGAACCAAAGUAUCCAAUACUGAAUGCCAGACAAGGUAAAGUUUGUAAACAAACUCAAGUGAAAGUAUUGAAGACCAAAUUCGUUGAGUUUGCAGUGCCAAGUAGUACUGCAUAUUGCUCAAUAUUCUUAUGUCAAAAGUGUUACAAGGGCACUAUAAUGAUAUAGAGUGAACUUGAUUGUGCCUAAAACUUUGUAUGUUACAUAUACAUUUGGUGCUAUCUAGUAUUUACACUGACAAGCAUCAUUGCGUAACUAAGUGGGUGCAUUUUGAAAUCAUUUGGAGAACUGUUAGCAACGUGAAUACAGUACAUACUAACAUUUAUUUUACCUCUUCUCAUGUGUUUUGAACAACAACUGUUGUGCUUCCAUUUUAUUAUUGGUAUUCCCUAAGAUUCAGUUUCCUUUCUUGACAGCACUUUUUCGUGAUGUCAGAUGUUCCGACAGGCAGCAACUGGUAUAGAAAUAGCCAAGACUGAUGUUGUUUUCUUGAAUCAUGUAUUUGGAUAUUUUAGGGCAGAUCAAAAGUUCACAACCAUGCAAUUAUACAGAUAUACUGCAA